AUGGGCCCAAGUACACCAUCCCCACCAGGGGUAUUACCGCAUGAGAUUGUGGAAGAGAUUCUCAUAUAUCUGGACUUGAACAGCAUCAAGUCUCUGCGACUGAGUAGCCGUUCCUUCUGCGAACGCUGCACAGGCUAUCGAUUCAUGCAAUUUUGCCGAGUUCAAUCUAUAGAACUGACACAGCCAAGUCUACGGUCCCUCCAGGAGUUACUUGGGCAUCCCACACUAAGCACCGCUGUCAAAGAUCUGGAAAUUGUAGCCACUGUCUACGAUCAGACCACGCCCCGCAUGGUCAUCAAAGCUUGGAAGAACAAACAAGAAAAUCGAUCCACUCAAACAAUGUUCAGUCACAAUAUUUACGAUCCCAAUCAAGAAGACCUUUCCCGAGCGGAGGCUACUAUAGCCUGGCUUCAGGCCAAACAGGACUUCCAGGACGAGCUCUCAUACAAUGAAGCUGUAAAGCAGCUCACCUUAUGUCUAAGUCAAAUUCGGAAACUUGACCGUAUUGAACUUGACGCAGUCAUUAUUCAAGGGCCCAGCCAGAAAGUGACAACUGACACCGGGGACACUAAUUGGUACCCGGUAUGGAUGCAAGCAUCACGCACCUACUGCACAACGAUGGAAGCUAUCACACUCAGUCAGCUCAAACUGGAGACUCUGAAUAUCUAUCAACGGACGCCCAGAUGUAGUGUUCCGCUAUACGACAUUGCGACUCAUGUGGAAAUGCUUGAUGCGAAUAAGUCAUGCUACAUGGGAAAACACAUCGACCACCUUUCUCUGAGUAUUUCGGACAAGGUUUCGACCGGCGCAACAGAUCGACCACCCCGAAAGCCAGUCACAUGCCAUGAAGUGGCAUGUUAUGAGAAAAGAAACCCACGUCUCAUAGAAGUUGUUUCUCUCGGCGAUGAUGACUCUGGAGGCGAUGAAAGGAUGGACGGUCUAGCGCAGCUUCUAAAAUUCACGCCAAAUCUCAAAGCUCUUGACAUACACUUCUAUACUACCAAACUUGCCGUUGCCGACUCAAUACUUGACCCCAUCAAUCGUAAAGCUCCAAUGGCCCUUCUUCGGAAAUGCAAAAUUGGAGGUAUCACGACCAGUCAAGAUUCAUUGAUUCAAUUUCUUUCCAACCAUCCAAAUAUCACCGAUCUCGCCCUCUGUUGGAUUGCAAUUAUCCCCGAGGGCUCAUGGGAUCACAUUUUCUCUCUUCUUGAGCGAAGAGUGCCUGGUCUGACACGCCUUCAUCUGUCGUAUUUGAAAGGGGGUCCCACGGGGACGAUAAAUUUGCAUCCCGUGUGGAAUGAUGAUCCAGAAGAGCUACGAGUCAAUAGACGUUCUCAACUCUAUUAUAUUCCUGUGAAGGUUUUUGACGCAGAUGAUAUAUCUAAAGGGCUCAAUUUUCGACCGAUGCCAGAUUACCCAGUCCAAGGAUCUUCGGAUAAUGCAAAACGGGCACACGAUUCACAAAGAGAGUACGGAUGCCCUUGGCUGGCGAGAGGUGAUUCAUGA